GAUUGGCGCCGAUCCCUAUCCAACAAUACAGGGCGCAGGCCCCUCAGCGCGCAUAUGAAGAACGCCACAACUCUCCGAGUGUCUCCCCUUCCAAUGGCGUCUUCUCUCCCCUCAUCUCUCUCACCGAUCCUGAGCCAGCCUCACCGUUCUCUUAAAAUCCAAGGUCGAUGCUUCUUUUUCGGUUUUAGAUUUCUCUCCUCCAAAGCCCCUCAUGUUUACAACUUGCAUUGCCAUGGCAAUUUCGCCCACCGGACUCUUAAAACAGAGAGCUCUUUUCUUCAUCUCUCCAGAAGUUUGGCUCACUCCCACCAUUCUGUGUCUAACAAGACAGACGGUCUUGGUCUUCACCACUUCGUUGCACGGGCUUCUCUCUCUGCCGCCCAAACACAGCCCAACCUUGUACCAGCUUCAGAAGUUUCUCCUGAUUCUCAAAUUCAUCCAAGAGGCCGUAUCUAUCAUGAAACUUAUGGAUGUCAGAUGAAUAUCAACGACAUGGAGAUUGUCCUAUCUAUUAUGAAGGAUGCUGGAUAUAGUGAAGUUGUGGGUGUUCCUGAAAGUGCUGAGAUCAUAUUCAUCAAUACAUGUGCAAUAAGGGACAAUGCUGAGCAAAAAGUGUGGCAGAGACUUAAUUACUUUUGGUUUCUAAAGAGGCACUGGAAGAGCAACGUUGCUAUUGGAAGGUCACAGUCCGUUUGUCCUCCAAAGGUGGUUGUUUUGGGAUGUAUGGCUGAGAGGUUAAAGGACAAGAUACUUGAUACAGAUAAGAUGGUCGAUGUGGUUUGUGGACCUGAUGCUUAUAGAGAUUUACCACGAUUACUGGAAGAGGUCGAUUAUGGCCAAAAGGGGAUCAAUACUCUACUUUCACUUGAAGAGACUUAUGCUGAUAUCAGUCCAGUUCGAAUAUCCAAGAAUUCAAUUAGUGCUUUUGUCUCAGUGAUGAGGGGUUGCAAUAAUAUGUGCUCGUUUUGCAUUGUUCCUUUUACUAGAGGCAGAGAACGGUCACGUCCAGUGGAUUCCAUAGUGAAGGAGGUGGCACAACUCUGGAAGGAAGGAGUGAAAGAGGUAACUCUUCUUGGUCAGAAUGUGAACAGCUAUAAUGAUGCUUCUGGGAUUGAAAAAGAAGCUGAACCAGGAUCAAAUUGGAAAUAUAGUGAAGGCUUUUCCAGCAUGUGCAAGGUGAAAAAGGUGGGGUUACGUUUUUCCGAUCUAUUGGAUCGGCUUUCCACUGAAUUUCCUGAGAUGCGGUUCAGAUACACAUCACCCCACCCUAAAGACUUUCCAGAUGACUUGUUGAAUGUUAUGCAACACAGAUACAAUGUCUGCAAAUAUAUUCAUUUACCUGCACAAACUGGGAGUAGCACAGUUCUUGAGAGAAUGCGUCGGGGAUAUACUAGAGAGGCAUACUUAGAUCUUGUGCAAAAGAUAAGAAAAAUCAUGCCAGAUGUCGGGAUAAGCAGUGAUUUUAUAUGUGGUUUCUGUGGAGAAACAGAAGAGGAACAUAAAGACACACUAAGUCUGAUCAGGGCUGUUGGCUAUGAUAUGGCCUACAUGUUUGCAUAUAGCAUGAGGGAGAAGACUCAUGCUCACAGGAACUAUGUUGAUGAUGUUGCUGAUGAAGUCAAGCAAAGGAGGCUUACUGAACUUAUUGAGGCUUUCCGUGAGAGUACUGGUCAGUGUUAUGACUCCCAGAUUGGCACUAUCCAACUAGUGUUAGUGGAAGGGCCGAAUAAAAGAGCACCAGAUACAGAACUUAUUGGCAAGAGUGAUAGAGGGCAUAGAGUUUCAUUUACCAAUCUGCCAGUGCCAAAUCGAGAGGAUUCGAAUAACAAGCAGAAUCCAGUCAUUGGAGACUAUGUGGAAGUUCGUAUACUGAAAUCUACACGUGCAUCACUUUUUGGGGAAGCACAUGCCAUUAGCAAAUUGAGUUUAUUUUACAACAAUGUAGAACGAGAUGCUGUUGCCUGUGCAAGUUGCUGAAAACCUUGCUGCAUGUGUAUAUAGCAUGCUAUUUUCCCAUUUUCAAUGCAAACAUCAGAAUAUGGCUGCUUAAAUGUCAGAAUAUGGCUGCUCCUUGCUUGGUAUUUGUAUUUGUCAUUGAGAGAUUUGAACUUUGGCAUGCAGUCCUAACCUGACUGGAGAGAGUAAUGUACAAUGUUGGACUUGCCAUGAAAAUAAAGGGUGAGAGCAGCAAUAUGAAGUCUAAAGAGAAGUUGAGAUUCCGGCCAAUAGUCUGCAGCUUCAGAAUAGCAUAGAGUCGAAACAAUUUUUGUAUUUUAGCGUCAUCUGCAAAAUUUCCAAUGCUGUCAAGAAAAUAACCUUCUCGAGGGUUUUUGCAAGUGUAAUUUUGCCUAUUUUGUUUUA